GACUCGGUCUGGAAACGGAAAGGUCAAACGCGUUUCUGGGGAAAACAAUCCGGCUUAUGACGGUGAUGCCUUUCCCGGUACCGUCAACAAUUCCGGAGGGGUCGACUUUGAUAACCCCACGUUCGAUCACAUCUACGAAGAGUUACCUAACGUGUGGGUGGUGAAUAGCUCACCGCCGCCAAAAGAACAAAACCCAAAGUCAGAUAUGUCAUCUGCUCCAAACGAAGACUACGUGGAGAUAAAUGAGAACGAAGUUUCCUGGGCGAAAGCUUCAUCACAGCGACACGUGUCAGCUACCAAGAAUGCCGGCCACAUUUCGUCACCAGCAAAAGACAGAAACGCAAAAGAAGAGCACACCAGUGAAGUAUACCGUCGAGAUAGUUGGGGCGCGGAGAGUGACUACCUUCCACCGAUAUCCGAUACAAACGUGCCCGACCCGAACAUGGGUCGUCUGAAGAGCAAUGCUGAAGACACAGAUGAAGAGUAUGAAGAUGUAGGUGGUGAGGAAUAUCUGGACCUGAACCCACGUCCAUCUGCACAUCACCCAAGUCUUCGGCCAGGUCAUCACCCAAGUCUUCGGCCAGAUCAUCACCCAAGUCUUCGGCCAGAUCAUCACCCAAGUCUUCGGCCAGGUCAUCACCCAAGUCUUCGGCCAGAUCAUCACCCAAGUCUUCAGCCGGACACGUACCAAAGCCUCAAGCCGGAUCACGAUCAGUACCAACGCCUCAAGCCGGAUCACGAUCAGUACCAACGCCUUCACUCGGAUCAGCGCCAAAGUCUCCCGCCGGAUGACCAUCGACGUCUCCGUCAGAGCCAGAAACAAAACCCGGAUAUUCCCGAGCACGUGGACAGUCCGGACGGGUAUCAGAGUCUCCGCCACAGCCAAUACCAGAAGUUGAACAUCCCACCGGGUACAAAGGACGCUUUUCGUCCUUAACAUGCAAAACUAGCGCUAUGCUGGGUAUGCACGUUUUGAUGACUAGUCCAAUGUCCUUUGAUGUAUGGGGUGGAGUGACUAGGAAGGAUAAUGUGGAAGGGUGAGGAAUGUCAGAUCUUCUUAGGUCAUAGGUUUGUUACAAAAAUGACGCAGUGUAUAGUUCGCCCUUUCCCCUGAGGUCGAAGAAGUUUCUCUGUUCCCGAUUAUACCAUUUUCUACAGUCAGGAUUUUCAAAACGCUAUAGUGUAUGCCGGUUAUAGU